ACAUGCGCGUGUAACCUUGUGCUACAGGAGUUUGUCAAUUCAGCUGUGGAAACCGUAUUAAAACCAGUUUAAUGGUAUAUUUGGUCCUCAGCGUUAUUCGGGAGUCAUGAGCAGAUUUAUUUUACCGGCUUCUGUCUUUGGAGCAGUGUUUGGAGCUGCUGUCUUACUGAAGAACCAUGUGACUGGAGGUCGGUGUACCAGUAAGGCAUCUAUUAAUGGGAAGACUGUGGUUAUAACAGGAGCCAACACAGGCAUCGGGAAAGAGACUGCCCGAGAGCUCGCCAAGAGAGGGGGUCGGAUCAUUAUGGGAUGUCGGGAUAUGGAGAAGUGUGAGGAGGCUGCAAAGGAGAUAAGAGGGAAGACCCUGAAUGCUCACGUUUAUGCACAUCACCUCGACCUGGCCUCCGUGAAAUCCAUUCGAGAGUUUGUGGAGGAAAUCAAACAAAAGGAGCAGCGUGUGGAUGUGCUUAUAAACAAUGCAGGGGUCAUGAGAUGUCCAGCAGGGAAGACAGAAGACGGUUUCGACAUGCAGUUUGGAGUUAACCACUUAGGCCACUUCUUGUUGACAAAUCUUCUGCUGGAUAAAUUGAAAGAGUCCGCCCCCAGCAGAGUGAUCAACCUGGCCUCGCUCGCCCACCUCGUUGGAAAGAUUGACUUCGAGGACUUGAACUGGGAGAAGAAGAAGUUUGAUACCAAGCAGGCGUACUGUCAGAGCAAGCUUGCCAACGUUCUGUUCACCAGAGAGCUCGCCAAGCGAUUACAAGGCACGGGAGUCACGGUGAAUGCUGUGCACCCGGGUGUUGUUGCCACGGAUCUCGGGAGGCACACAGGUCUGCACCAAUCACAGUUCUCGAGCUCGGUGCUCGGUCCCUUCUUUUCCCUGUUGGUGAAGAGCCCAGAGCUGGGGGCCCAGCCCAGCGUCUACCUGGCAGUGUCCGAGGAGUUGGAGGGGGUGACGGGAAGAUACUAUGAUGUGAUGACAGAAAAGGAACCGGCGCCACAGGCCCUGGAUGAGGAGGCAGCUCGCAGGCUGUGGGAGGUCAGCAGCAGGCUGGUGGGUCUGGAGGAGAAAGGACAAUCUGGCAAGACAGAACCAGCAACAGAAAUCCAGAGCAAAGAGGCACAGACUGUCCCAGGGCAGAGACAUGGACAGAGCCCAGGACCAGCUGUCAGUGCCGUAGGGCUGUAGGGCUGCUCUGGCCUCGGGGCAGGAUGGAGAUAAUGGCCCUUUAUGGCUUGAGCUGUGCCAGGCUUAUUGGAACAAUUAAAUGUCUGAGUCUUUGAGUCUGGUUGUCUUUAUAAAGGCAGUGUUUUAUACAUGCCUUUAUGUUCCUGCAUUAGGAGAGUUUCUUUGAAUCAUGCUUAAAAAACAGCCUUUGACAAUGGACUCUGACCCUUUGUUUCAAUGAGAAUAUGUACCAAAAAAAGCACUUUUGUUCCCUUACAUAUGAAAAGUUGGAUUCAUAAACAAACACUAAAUACACACACGAAAUAACCCUCAUCAUUGAAAAUAAGUACAGCUGAAAGGAAACGAGGAUGACCUUAAAGGAGCUGAAAAUUAACAAUCUCCACCACAAAACAUGAAUAUUUUAACUUUAAAAAAAACAACCUGUAAAUCAAAAUCUCACCAAUUUUUUGACAUUUUUAUGUCUGCUGACACAUUUCACCCCUAAUAUCCCAUUACACAUAUGCAAAGACAGUAUUUCACAUGCUUCAUCUCACACAGACACCAGGCAGAUGAGUGAUUCAGCUAUAAUGUAUUUGCACAGGGAGGCAUUCUUCUGCAUAUUGACUUUAGCUUUAUACUGAGUACUGCAAAUGGUGUUAUUGCCCUGGAUUCAAGCUGACAGAUAGCGCCAUCUGGCUGCUAGUAUCAAAACACAGACUGCAGUAGUGUUAAACCUUGCAUGCUAUAUUUUACAAGACUAAUGAUAGCUAAUAGUAAAAAAAAAAAAAAGUAGGAAAAACAACAAGGUUCACUUUGAAAAAGAGUCAAAAGACUGCAAGGUCAUUUGAGGCAAACCCACACUUCUUUAAACCGCCUGUGUUAUAAAAGGCAUCCAUUAUCAUUCAUGCUAAUGUUGUUCUGUUGUGAGUGCACUUCUGCUUUUGCUCUUGUUUACUCCUGCCUCUCAAAAAACAAAUCAAGUUACAAAAGCACUCAUCUAACAUUUCAGAUCAUCUCAGACAUCUCAGAAGACUAUCCAUCCCAAAAGUAUUUGAGGGAUCCAUUGCAUAGGGCUUUUUCCAACAGUAAAUCCCAGAGUACAGAUCAAUAGGGCCACUCUCUGCACUAAUGCACACUGAUCAGCAUUGGCGCUGAAACUGUAAACCCUGGAUCGUUUAUUCCAGUGUUGGUUUACCAGUGGAGACCCUCCCUGGUGCCAUCCUCGAGGAUGAUGGUUAUUGCAGAUGAGCAACAGAAUCACAGGGUUCUUUUCUGCUCUGCAGAUUGUCAAAGACCUCACAGUCCCUUGAGAAGGAUGCUCACUGAUACAGUUUCUCUUCUACUCGCUUCAAACAAUCCUGACCGCUAAAGACUAGUGCUUGCAGUACUUUAUUUGUAUAUUCUUCCUAUAAUCACAUAUUCUGUAUAAAACACAGGAAUAAGACAGAAACAUAUAUGUGUUCUUGAACAUAUCCUGACCAGACUUCAUUGCUAAGGGACAGCGAAGUGUCCAAAUUUCAAUUAGUGCCUACUCGUAGCUGGAGUAUGGACCAGGUCAAUGGGGCCUCAGUCUGCCAGGGGCCCUCCAAGGCUUAGAUCACACAUGCUGGGUGGCUCAAGACUUCUGAAGGAACUUAUAAAGUGAGCCAAAUAUGAAUUAAACAGCAGAUAACUGCUAAAUUUGCCAGAAGAUGUGUUCUGUUGCUCACACCCCUGUGUGUGUUACAUCACCAGAAAACCCAGGAUGUGCUUUACACAAUAAAGUGUAAAAAUGAAAGCCUGUCAUGUGUCAUGUCCCCCACAGAGAACCAUUAUGAAUUGUGUGUCUCAGGACGAUACAGCCUACUAUCACUGUCUGCCUUUUAUAUUGCCUUUUAUAUUGGUCUACAAAGAUGAAAAGUGUUUAGACUGCAUAUGGAAACUACUUUUAAGUCAUUCAGAUGCACAUUAUUACAACACAGCAACAAUAUUUUACAAUAUUAAAUACAAAUGUGAUGUGGAAAGAUGCAGGAAAUGCCAAUAAUCCCUGAUAAUGUCACAAACACAACAUGGUACAAAAACAAAACAAUUAAAAAUGAUUUUGGACUUUUUGGAUGUAUUGACAAAAUCCAGAUUUUAGUGUAAAAAAUCUCUGACCAUGAUUGUUUGUGUUAGUUGGUAAGGGAAUUUGUGAAUGUGAAAUUGAUCCAGUGAUGUGCUCAUGUCUUGUGUCAAAGAAGAAGAGCUGUAAGUGUCGGAGGGGUGUUGUUGUUUUGAAUUCAAUGUGCAGAUUAUUUAUGUAGUUCUGACAUAAGGGGUACAGUGCUGUGGAUCUUAUAAGCUCUGUCAAAUGCUAUUGGUUCAAUGGUUUCCUUUGUUAUGAAGGACUUAAUUGGCUGAGGAGGAUGGACCAGGACACAGCGUUUCCUGCUUUCUUUGUUAGAAAAUGAUUAAAAUGUAACAAGAUGAGCGAAUUUUACAAAUAAUUAUUAAGAAUUUAAACCUAUUUUCUUUUCAAAUUAUUUUUAAUUGUCUUUUUAUAGAGUUAUACGUUAUAGCACGGUCCAGACAAUCAAAGUAAACUCUCAUAUAUGGCUUAUUAACCUCCUUUAUCUGAUCCUCCUGUAGAAAAUAGGUAUAACAAAAAGUUCACACAUCUAUUACAGCAAAUAAUGACCUGUAGCUAUACAAAACGCAGCGAUAAAUAUAAACAUAAAUUAAAAUGAAAUGGUCAACACAACCAACUGGACUAGUGUGGAUCAAUGUUAUCUAUGUUAAUUUGACAGCAAAAGGUAAAAAUGAAAUUAACCGUUUUUAACUUAUAUAGGUUACGGCGAAAACUUACCAGUUUUUCCAAACUAUGUGUCACUAUUUAAAACAAUAAAUGUAUUUUCCUCA